AGAUUACCCAGAAUCCCAAGCGAUUUGAAUUUCUUGUAAACUUGUCCAAGGUAAACAUGUUGAAGCUCUGGCCCCUUAGUAGGGUCUUGGUGACAAGAACAUCUGGAGCCAUUUUUGCACGUACUAACACAACAGCUCAAGAUAAAGUAGAAGUGUUUGUUGAUGAUAAACAAGUAUUUGUGGCUCCAGGAACUACAGUAUUGCAGGCUUGUGCAGAAGCAGGAGUGGAGAUUCCUAGAUUUUGCUAUCAUGACAGAUUGUCAAUUGCCGGUAACUGUAGAAUGUGUCUGGUCGAGGUAGAAAAGUCGGCUAAGCCUGUUGCCUCAUGUGCUAUGCCUGUGAUGAAAGGGAUGAGAGUUAAAACAGAUUCUCCUGCUACAAGAAAGGCCAGGGAGGGUGUAAUGGAGUUUUUACUAAUGAAUCAUCCACUGGAUUGUCCCAUCUGUGAUCAGGGUGGAGAAUGUGAUCUACAGGAUCAGUCAAUGGCAUUUGGAAGUGACAGAAGUAGAUUUACAGACAUUGAAUUCAGUGGCAAAAGGGCAGUGGAAGACAAGAAUGUUGGUCCAUUAGUUAAAACAAUAAUGACAAGAUGUAUACACUGUACUAGAUGUAUAAGAUUUGCUAGUGAAGUUGCUGGUGUAGAAGAUUUAGGAACUACUGGGAGAGGUGGAGACAUGCAAGUUGGUACUUAUGUAGAGAAAAUGAUAAAGUCAGAACUAUCAGGAAAUGUAAUUGAUCUGUGUCCAGUUGGAGCUUUGACAUCAAAGCCAUAUGCUUUUACAGCAAGACCUUGGGAGACUAGGAAAACAGAAAGUAUAGAUGUUAUGGAUGCUAUAGGUAGUAACAUUGUAGUCAGUACAAGAACAAAUGAAGUCAUGAGAAUUCUACCAAGAAUGAACGAGGAUAUCAACGAAGAAUGGAUUUCAGAUAAAACCAGAUUUGCUUAUGAUGGUUUAAAGAGACAAAGACUGACAACACCAUUUGUCAGAGAUAGUACUGGGGUCCUUAAACAAGCAGACUGGGAAUCAGCUUUUGUAGCAGCUGCUGAAAAGUUAGGAACAACAAAAGGUGAUGAGAUUGCAGCAGUCGUUGGUGGGUUUGUAGAUGCUGAAUCUUUAGUCUGCCUCAAAGAUUUUCUCAACAAGCUAGGAAGUGAAGGACUAUGCACAGAGGAGAUUUUCCCAAUGGAUGGGGCAGGAACUGAUUUAAGAUCUAAUUACUUGCUGAAUACAACAAUAUCUGGUGUGGAAGAAGCUGAUUUGAUUUUGCUGGUUGGUACUAAUCCCAGAUUUGAAGCUCCAUUGUUUAAUGCUAGAAUGAGAAAAAGCUGGAUUCAUAAUGACUUAGAAGUGGCCAUGGUUGGACCCCAAGUUGACCUUACUUUUGACCAUGCGAAUCUUGGUGACAGUACUCAAGUAUUACAGGAAAUAGCUAAUGGUACACAUCCAUUCUGUAAGAAACUUAACAGUGCUAAGAACCCAAUGGUAGUUGUUGGUAGCUCUAUACUUCAGAGAGAGGACGGCAGUGCCAUCCACAGUGCUACUGUAGAAGUUGCACAGAAUGCACGUAAGCAGAGUGGAUGUGGUGAGGGGUGGAAAGUCUUAAAUGUAUUACAUAGGGUUGCCAGUCAGGUAGCAGCAUUAGAUAUAGGAUACAAGGCAGGUGUAGAUUGUAUUAAACAGAAUCCUCCUAAAGUCUUGUACUUGCUAGGUGCUGAUAAUGGAACCAUAACCAGAGAGGAUAUUCCUAAAGACUGCUUUGUUAUAUACCAAGGUCACCAUGGAGACAAGGGAGCAGCUAUGGCUGAUGUUAUACUCCCAGGGGCAGCAUAUACAGAAAAAGAGGGAACAUAUGUUAAUACUGAGGGCAGAGCACAAGAAGCUAGACUUGCUGUUUCUCCUCCUGGCCUAGCAAGGUCAGACUGGAAAAUCAUUAGAGCUUUAUCAGAGGUUAUUGGAGUUACACUUCCUUAUGAUAAAUUAGAAGAAAUUAGAGGCAGACUAACAGAGGUGUCACCUAAUUUAACACAAUAUGAGAAGGUGGAGGAGGCUAAUUAUUUCAACCAAUCACAACAACUUGCAAAUAGUUUAAAGGCAUCUCUAGAUUCCAAACCUAUAACAGUGAACCAAGUUCAAUUAAAAGAUUUUUAUAUGACAGACUCAAUAAGUCGUGCCUCACAAACAAUGGCCAAAUGUGUACAGGCCGCAACAGAGGCAGAAACAGCUAAAUACUGAAAUCUCACUACAAUACAAAAACAAUUACUACAUUUUGAAGAAUAAAACUUUGUUUAUGUCUGUUUUAAUUCAGUGCUAUUAAACAACAGAGUGUGAACAUCAUUUGUCUCCCCUUGCUGUUACUUAACUCAAUCUUUAAUGUUAACGAUAUUCAGCUUAUCUGUGGAUGAUAUUUUCUUAAUUUUACUGUCUGUCUAUCAUUUACAAUAUGUGUGUACUCUAAGGAUGAUGUUUUCUAAAUCUUCUAAAUUCUCUCAUAUUGAUUCAAAAAAUAUUUGUAUUUGAAUAAUUUGAUGAAAUUUCAAACAAGUAGUUUGCUUUUCUACCAAAUUUGUGAACCUAGAAAGAAAAUGUUUAUAGUGAGCAAGUUUGAUUCUAAAUCAAAAUAUUUCCUAAGUAAAGGCAUUUGUACUAUAGGGUGUUCAUAAUUUCUGUCAUUUAUGUUGCGGUAUUUAACUUAAACUUCUAUUUAUAAAAUUAACUCUGACAUCAAUCUCAAUGAAAUAUGGACACUCAUAUAGUGACAGGAUAUUCAAACUAUAAAUUAAAAUAUGAUAUGCUGUAUGCACUAAAAAGCAAAACUAGGUGUAGAUUUAAUCUUCUACCUUUUGUAAAGGUAUUUUAACAGAGUAUAUUUAGUCUACUCAUUAUUGGAAUUCAUAAAUACUAGCUACAAAGCUUCUGUGUGAUCAACUAGUGCUGUGGAGAAAAACUUUUGUUAUUUUUUAAAAACUUGUCAGAAAAACAAAAAAAAUCAAUUUAGUUUUGUUUAUAUUUUAGUAAGUUAUGAAAAUAACUUGAAGAUAGAACUGAUCUUCAUGCAUGAGUUUUAGUCCAACAAUGUUAAAUUAAAUGUUUCGUAGGUCUAUAUAACAAUGUUUGUUGGCUUGGAAGUUGCUUAUUAUUUUUAAAAUAAAAUUUAAAGGUGGAAGGAAUAUUUGCCUUUAAAAUGAUGUUAAACACAUUAACUUUCAUAGUUUAUUUCAAUUUUAAAAUAUUUUGGAAUUAUGGUAUAAACUGUAUAAAAAAAUGUCAGAUGAAAAUAUCACUAACCAUCUGAUUACACUAUCUGUUUAGUGGCAUUUGGGAAAACUUUCUGACCUCAAAACUUAAAACAGUAGAGCUAAACAACUAAAUCAUUAUUUUUCAGUCAUCAAGAUCUAAUAGUAUUUUGGGCCAAGAAAAAAAAGCAUAUUGUUAAUGAAAUACUGUGUAUUAAUAUUUAUUUACAUACAGUUUGCACAGUUUUGUUAAUAAAACAUGAAAUAAUGAGAA